AUGAAUUUAGUGAUUGGAUGGAUGACAACAAUCUUUUUGAAGCUGAUUCUUUGGGUAGCAAGUUCACUUGGACCAAUAGACAAUCGGGUAAUAGCCGUAUCAUCAGCAAGUUGGAUAGAGAAGUUUGAGAAUUGGCGGUGUAAAGCUCUUCCUAGGGAAGUUUCCAACCAUUAUAAUCUUAUUGGUUAUCCUUUCAAGGUUCCUAGGCCUCAACGAGCUCCUUUCAUGGUUCAAAAGAUGUGGUUCUUACAUGGAGAUUUUCUUUGUAUGGUUAGUGAAAGUUGGAAUGCUCCAGCUUAUGGGUCUCCAGAUUUUAUAUACCCUUACAAAUUGAAGCGGCUGAAGAUUGCGAUGAAGGAUUGGAAUCUCAGGACCUUUGUUAACAUGCAUUCUCGUUUGAAACAAGACCAACUUCGUUUCGAGACUGCGGCUCUUAUUUCUGAUGAAGAUCCAAGUAAUAUUGUUAAUCUGAAUGCCAUGAAAGACGCUAUGGCCACUUUAAGUGAGACUCGCUUACAACAUGUGACUAUGCUCAAGCAAAAAUCUCGUAACAAUUGGUUGGUGGAGGGAUCGAACAAAUUCAACGACAAGGAGUUGGAUAUUGAAAGUGAUUUAUUUGAUUUUGAACAUGAUUCCAUUUCUAUUAAAGAGAGCCAAACCAUGGACAAGAUUCCUUCUCCGGAUGAAAUAAAGCAAGCUGUUUUUGAUUUGGGGGCGAAUAGUGCGCCGGGGACGGAUGGUUUCUCUGGUUGUUUCUAUCGUCAUUGCUGGGAUAUUAUUCAAGAGGAUUUAAUCAAGGCCAUUGUUCAAUGUUGGAAUACUGGUCAUAUUCCAAAUGGUAUUCUAGCUACUAGACUUUGUAGCAUUUUAGACAAACUUGUGUCUGAAGAGCAGGUUGCCUUUAUGAAAGGGAGAAAUAUUCAUGAAAAUAUUAGUUUGGCGUCGGAGAUGUUAAAUGAGCUUCAUUUUAAGCUUAAGGAUGGCAACAUUGGUUUCAAGCUAGAUAUUUCUCAGGAUUUUGACACGUCCGGAGGGUUAUUUCAAAAUUAUAGAGGUUUGCAUCAAGGAGAUCCCAUUUCUCCCUUGAUUUUCGUCUUGAUUGAAGACGUUCUAAGCAGAAAUAUUACGAAACUUUUUCGUAAUAAAAAGAUGACUCAUAUGGUUACAAGAGGUGGUGUUUCUCCUUCUCAUCUUUUCUUUGCUGAUGACAUUAUGAUUUUUUGUAAAGAUAAUACUAAAAGUCUACAUAAUCUUGUGGAUUUACUGGGUAAAUACCAGCGUGCUUCGGAUCAGACUGUUUGUCGUCAAAAGAGUAAGAUUUAUUAUGGUGGUGGUUCUUCGAGUUGGUGUACUUAUCUUGCAAAUUAUUUAGGGAUGAGCAUAGCAACUUUUCCAGAUCGCUAUUUGGGUGUUCAAAUUAUGCCAGGUAUUGUUCGUUAUCGCCAUAUUUGCAAUGUCGUUGAAAAGAUUAAAAAUCAGCUUGCUGGUUGGAAGGGGAGAUUAUUAUUUUUUUUUUUUGAUAAGUCAAAAAUGUACUAA